AUGGUCACACCUGCAGAAGAAGAGCAGCUCCGAGAAUUCUACUACAUCUGUUGCCGCAAUGAAGGCUGUACCAUUAACGAAGCCUCAGAACGCAGCCUUCAAUACGUCAUACAGAUCCACAAUGCCAAAAUGUCUCUGACCACUACAGCAUAUCUUGAAGAGGUAUUUCAAAGUAGUAGAUCACGACCUCGGUACUCUUCGACUCCAGAAUACAUUCCUUCUCCCUACGACUACCGAUAUAAUGCCACAGGAUUGCAGGAUAGGUUUUGUGGAUACCUUCAAAGCCAUACUAGGCCUGCGCCACCUUGCCAGUCUUCCUACCAUCUUCGUACUCAUCCACCUCGUGAGUCUUACUACACCACGGAAGGCCGCCAGCCACCAUCAGCCUAUGAUUCUUACGCGUCGGACUCGACUUACUUUUCAUAUCCCCCAAUACCAGACCAUUUUGAACCCUACGCGUCUCCUGAUUCGCGUACCACCGACUCUCGGCCCUCGUUUUGCUCUGGUACUCGUCCUUCUGCCUUCUACACCCGACGACAACCACCACCACCACCACCACCACCACCACCCCGCUUUACGUUCUACUCGGCGUUUGAAUCAUUCAAUAACUCCUCCCGUGACCGAACACCUCCCUCGUAUCCCUACACCCGACCCUCAUCACCUUGUCGUCCUGUCCCUCCACGACCAGAAGGCGUCCAGCCAACCACAGAUCUAUACACUGUACUCGGUGUUACACGAAACGCUACAGCGGCUGAAAUUAGGAAAGCUCAUCGAGCUUUGAGUCUGAGAUGGCACCCCGAUCGCCGCACUGAGCAGGAACAGAAAGAAGCGACUGAAAAGAUGGCAGAAAUCAACCAGGCGAAUGAUAUAUUGAGUAAUGAGCUGAAGAGGAGGUUCUACGAUCGAUGGGGCGUGUUGCCUAGUGAAGAUUAG